AUGCACUUCCAAUCGCGCGUAUCCACAACCACCAUUCACGAACUCCUCUUCGCCGACGACUGCGCAUUCAACACCACCUCAGAAGAGGAGAUGCAACGAAGCAUCAACCUGUUCUCCGCCGCCUGCGAGAACUUCGGUCUGGUCAUUAACACACAGAAGACUGUGGUGAUGUACCAACCGCCUCCCAACUCAGCCACAUCCCCCAACGCGCCGCCGCAAAUCAGCGUGAAUGAGACCCAACUUCAAGUGGUGGAGAACUUGCCGUACUUGGGCAGUACUCUCUCCCUCAACACCAAGAUCGACGACGAAAUCGCCAACAGGAUCUCGAAAGCCAGUCAAGCCUUCGGUCAACUCCAAAGCACAGUUUGA